AUGGAAGUUAGAGGGGGCCCUGCAGAGAUCUCUGCUGUGCAUCAUUGUGCUGCUAUAAAGGCACCCACAGCCACCCUAAUCUCUGUUAGUGAUCCAGGGUACAAGAAUUUCCCUACCCCUCCAUCCUUACAAAGGUCCUAUCGACACGUCAGCUUUCCAGAUGAUGAUGCGGAGGAGAUAGUGCGCAUUAACCCACAAGAAAAGAUUUGGAUGACAGGUUAUAAGGACUACCACCAUGCCCCCUUGCGAGGGAAGUACAUCGACGCCGAUGAUGUGGACUUGUACAUACGUUUUGCCAAAAGCGAUGCCUCAAAACACAAUUACAAUUAUCCUUACAUAGACAGCUCAGACUUUGACCUGGGUGAAGAUAUGAAGGGUGCUGUGAUAAAGACUCAGCCUGUCAAGUUCAAACCAAGAUGGAAGGAAGAUGGCAAGAGAUCGCGGUGCGUGUAUUGCAGGGACAUAUUCAAUCAUGAGGAAAACAGGUGGGGUCAGAGUCAGGACGCACCAGACCACGUCAGAAGUUGCAUCUGUUGA